UCAUGCUGCGCCAGUGUGUGCUGGGAUUCGACUGUGUGAAAUUGAAUCAGUAUUAAAUGUAUUUAUAUUGAUUUUUUUUACCCCACAGUGAUUAAGGUGGAGUGUUGUCUGUGACUAGUGCAACAUAACCUUACCUUGUGUUUAUCUUUUUUAAUUAAUUAUUUCCCCCCAGUUCUUUAUUCUCAUCCUCCUAAACAUUACAUAAUGUGGUAAACAUGGAGUUUGUUAAAGAAGAAAGUGAAGAAAUAAGAAUUCCAGACCCAUGGAGAGUCAAAGAUGAAGAUACGGAGAAGAAAAUAGACCCGAGGCCGCCGAAAGAGGAAAGCCAAGAAGACCAUGAUUUCACAAGAGGAGAAAAAUCCCUUAGUUGCUCAGAGACAGAAAAGAAUUGCUCGGAAAGAGGAACUCAGAAAACAAGAUCUAAGAGUUCUUUCUCUUGCCAUCAAUGUGGAAAGAGUUUCUCGUGGGAAAGACACUUUCAUAGCCACAACAGAAUCCAUACAGGAGAGAUCUCACUUAGCUGCCAGCAGUGCGGGAAAAGUUUCCAGAGACAAGGACACCUUCGUAUCCACAUGAGAACGCACACCGGAGAGCGACCGUUCACCUGCCCUCAGUGUGGGAAGAGUUUCUCACACAGAGGAAAUCUGCGGUGUCACAUACGCCUUCACACGGGAGAGACGCCUUACACCUGUCUCCAGUGUGGAAAGAGUUUCGCUCAACACAAACAGCUGAAAAGGCAUUUGCAACUUUACUGUGGAGACGUCCUGCAGUGUUCGGAGUGUGGCAAGACGUUUGCAGACAAGAUCAACUUCUUCAACCAUCUGCGCAUUCACCCUGGAGGACGCCUGUUUAACUGCGAUCACUGUAGUAAAAAGUUUAUUUUGCAGUCUCACUUAGAGAUGCACAUGAAAAGCCACGCUGACGAGAGAACUUAUGAGUGUUCUUUGUGUGGGAAGGAUUUUAAAUGGCUCUGCAAUCUGAAGUCACACCAGAAAAUGCAUGCAGGUGUAAAUGGCUGUGUGAGAGCGAGCCGCUUGAAACAGCAGCAACAGAUCCACACAGACGAGGAUUCCUCACAAACACAAGAACUGUACAGCUGCGCUUCAUGUGGGAUGAGUUUCAACACUUCAAUUUUUCUGUUGGCUCAUAAAAAAAGGAACUGUCAGAAGAAGCCAAAAUAAAUGUAAAUGGUGUAAAAAAUAUAUAUAUAUUGUCUCCAAAUAAACAGUAAUUUGAUUCAAAUUCUGCAUAGAACGCUUAAAAGAGGUCACAAUAUUAGUUUAGUAAACUUGUAUGGUUGUGCGAUACCACAAUGUUUAAAGGGAUGUUUUUUAUUCAUGUUGGAUUGUGGACUAGCAUUGAUAUAAAAUUGAUUAUAUUAGUAACAGACAUUCCCUAAAAUGUAAAAACUAUUGUUUUUACAACUUAUAAAAUAAAUACAAUCAUCAAACACUAACGAAUGAAACGUUGACGCAGGAACUGGUUUAGGACUGGGGCUUUGGGGUGUUGAUGGAGGACAUCGAUCUGUCUUGAUCAGCGUCUGAAUCCCAUCUGGAUGUAGUUUUUGACAAAAACAUGACUUUCUCAGCUUUUUGAUCAAAAUGUUAAAUUUUUAUGAAACUUACCUACAUCUAAGUGUUGAUAAAAAAGAAUGCAUGAAGCUUGAAUAAAAGCUUAUUUGUUAUUGUA